CCAAGGACAGUGGCGGCGCGACCGGCGCCUGCCACGGAGCAGGAAUGUGUGUCUGAUCGUCCGAAUCACAAUCAUGUGGUCAAACCGCUUACAAAAUUUCCUGAAAAUCACAAGCCCUCAUCCAUGUUCAAGACUGUGCCAGCAGUUCACAAGAAGUCAAAGGAAGUUUUUUGGAACCGUGCCAACAUCUAGAUUGCCUCGGCGGGUUGUCAUCACCGGCAUUGGCUUGGUGACUCCCCUUGGUGUUGGCACUCACCUGGUUUGGGAUCGUCUUAUUGGAGGAGAGAGUGGAGUUGUCUCACUGGUUGGCGAAGAGUAUAAGAGUAUCCCUUGCAGUGUGGCUGCUUUUGUGCCAAGAGGUUGUGAUGAAGGUCAGUUCAAUGAACAAAACUUUGUGUCCACAUCAGAUCUCAAGUCCAUGUCUUCUCCCACCGUCAUGGCCAUUGGGGCUGCAGAAUUAGCCAUGAAAGAUUCUGGCUGGCAUCCUCAGUCAGAAGCUGACCAAGUGGCUACUGGUGUUGCAAUUGGCAUGGGAAUGAUUCCUCUUGAAGUUGUUUCUGAAACUGCUUUGGUGUUUCAGACAAAAGGUUACAACAGAGUUAGCCCAUUCUUUGUCCCUAAGAUUCUGGUUAACAUGGCCGCAGGCCAGGUCAGCAUUCGGUAUAGACUCAAGGGCCCCAAUCAUGCCGUAUCCACAGCCUGUACCACAGGGGCUCACGCUGUGGGAGACUCUUUCAGGUUUAUAGCCCGUGGUGAUGCUGAUGUGAUGGUGGCUGGAGGUACAGAUUCUUGCAUUAGCCCUUUAUCUCUUGCUGGGUUUUCCAGAGCCCGGGCUCUGAGCACAAACUCGGAUCCUAAGUCAGCAUGUCGACCGUUCCAUCCCAAGAGAGAUGGUUUUGUAAUGGGAGAAGGUGCAGCUGUGCUGGUGCUGGAAGAACAUGAACAUGCAGUUCACCGAGGUGUCCGGAUCUAUGCAGAAGUUUUGGGCUAUGGACUCUCUGGUGAUGCUGGUCACAUAACUGCCCCCGAUCCUGAAGGAGAAGGUGCCUUAAGAUGUAUGGCAGCUGCUGUAAAAGACGCAGGUGUGCCACCUGAGGAGAUAUCCUAUAUCAACGCACAUGCUACUUCCACGCCAUUGGGAGAUGCUGCUGAAAACAAAGCCAUCAAACGUCUCUUCAAAGACCACGCGUAUGCCCUUGCAGUCUCCUCAACGAAGGGGGCCACGGGACAUCUGCUGGGGGCUGCAGGGGCGGUCGAGGCAGCUUUUACCACACUAGCUUGUUAUCAUCGAAAGCUACCACCUACUUUAAACCUGGAUCGUACAGAACCAGAAUUUGAUCUCAAUUAUGUUCCACUCAAGGCACAGGAAUGGAAAACUGAGAAAAGAUGUAUUGGACUCACCAAUUCCUUUGGUUUUGGUGGUACUAAUGCAACACUUUGUAUUGCUGGCAUGUAGGACAAAUCAUUUGUAAUUAAAUGAUGAUGGUUUAAAACUGUUACAAGUGAAGAAAUAAUACAUAUGUGUAUUUUUAUAUAUUAAUACCUA